GGUUCAGUAUAAGAGCCCAAAUCAAAGUGACAAGGACGGGAUUGCUACAGCGGCUGUAGCUGACCAUCAGAUACGACCUCGCCCUCCACAGCAUGAGGAUAAAGAUUUUUACUUGCAGGACAUGGUGGAUACGUUCCAUGAUAUGAGUUGGUGGGUUGGGACAAUUACAAAAAGUACAUGGUCACUUUUAAACUUACAAAUGAACAGAAAGAAUUCAGUCACUCGGACCUGAGGCGCCACUUGGAAUGGAUAAACAAAAAAUGGGAGUCUGGCUUUUCGAAAUUUCAGUCUCCCGUGCAAGACAAUGAACAAACACAGCAUGCGUCCACAAUUUCCAGAAACUCUGCAUUAGCUACACCACGUAAAUGCUCAAGUGCUGGUAAGAAUAGCCCUGGAGAAGAAAGUGCCUAUGCCAGCUCACAGAAAAAUCAGAUGCAGCAGCUGGGUCCUUGUACUGAUAAAUCAGCUUAUAGGAAAACAAGAAAUGAACUGAGAGUCCAAGACUACCCAACCAACCUGAUGAUGAUGCAACACUGUUAAGUCCAACUCCUUUCAAAAGGUUCAUCAAAAGAAUCUGACUGCGAAUUGCACUGUUCUGAAGAUCUAACCACAGGUGACCGGGAUGCAGAAGGUGCUGCCACCAAAAUUCAGGAGAAUGGGGCAGAAAUAUCACCAAAGAUGCCUACCCAAGAACAACCUUCAUUAAUUUUCAUAGAUGAAAUGGAUUAUGAAGACACCAGGCAGGGUUCAGGUAAAUCUGCUGAGAAUGCCAAUCAACUCAAUCUUUGUUGCUGUGAUUGAAACAUCUGCAAACUCACCUGCUCAUAAUCAGCCUCUUCCAUUGUGCACAUACAAAAUUCAUCCUGAAAAGACUACAAAAGGCUCAAGUUCUGAGGAUCCAGCAGAAGAUGGACAGGCUGAAGCUACUUCAAUGGAAGUAGAAGUGGCUGGGGUUGGAAUAUCUGCAAAGACACCUCUUCAUGAUCAACCUUUAUUAUUGUGUGGCGUAGACUCUGAGAACACUUUGGAGGGUUCAAGCAACCCUGGUGGGACUGCAAAAUCACCCCUCCAUAAUCAAUAUCUGGCAGUGAGCGUAGAUGAAAUGUAUUCUGAACAUACAGCUGAGGGCUUGAGCAAUGAUACUGAGACAGCAAACCACCAAAAUGAGGUUACAGGGAGACAAGAUGAAGCUGGUGGAAUGAGUGGUGAAAUUGGGGGAGAACAAACUCCACAUCUGCCUUUUGAGAAAAAGCUCCAUUUUGGAAAAUGUUGGAAUCCAUGGAUGCAUUCAAAAGGUUUCCGCAACAGCCACAUUUUAAGCCCUUACAGAUGGUUAAAAUGAUAUAUCGUGAAGGACUAGCCUUUGGAGGUAUGCUUAUCUUUUCAUCUGUGGUCGAGUACACUUCGAAGCUGCAGGUUGAUGAUCCUAGUGACCUCAUCAACGACAUUUUGGAAGCUCUAGUUGAACUGGAAC